AUGAAUAACUCAAAUAUUUAUAAUAUUUUACCGCCAUCCUCAUUGUUCGACAUAAAAGAAUGUGUAGGAAGGGGCAAUUUUGGUGAUGUAUAUAAAGCGAUUGACAAUAUUACAAAAAAAUACGUAGCAAUAAAAGUGAUUAAUUUGGAAUAUAGCGACGAAGAUAUUGAUUUAUUAGCUCAAGAAAUUUUUUUUCUAGCUGAAUUAAAGUCUGAUUAUAUUAUCAACUAUAUUACUACAAUAAUGGAAGACGUUUCCAUGUGGAUCGUGAUGGACUAUUGUGGAGGUGGAUCAUGCUCUGAUCUAAUAAAAAUCGUCUAUCCAAAUGGUAUUGUAGAAGAAAAGGUCUCCUUUAUAGUGAAAAAUGUUCUUCUAGGGUUACAAUACUUACAUGAACAGAAAAAAAUUCACAGAGAUAUCAAAGCUGCCAAUAUCCUCUUAACAGACGAUGGUCAAGUAAAAUUAGGAGAUUUUGGUGUUAGUGGUCAGAUAAAGGCUACCUUAAAAAGGGAUACAUUCGUCGGAACACCCUAUUGGAUGGCUCCAGAAGUUAUUAAUAAAGAAAUUAAUAAUGGUUAUGAUGAGAAGGUAGAUAUUUGGUCAUUGGGGAUAACAACCUACGAAUUAUUAAAAGGUGUGCCACCAUUGUCCAAAUAUGAUCCGGUUAAAGUCAUGACAAGUUUAGUAAAAAGGAAGCCACCCAAAUUACAUGGGCCUUACAAUGAUUUUACCAAGUCAUUCAUAUCUUUCUGUUUGAUUAAAGAUCCUAAACUCAGACCCAACGUCCAAAAUUUAUUAAAAACAGAUUUUAUCUUUAAAUUCAAUGGUAAAAUCAAAAAUUUACAGAAAGAUGUAGAUUUAUGUAAAAAGAUUAAGAAUAAAGAAAAUGGCAAUUUUAUCAAGAAACCAAAAUUCCCUAUAAAUGAAAAAUUUUAUAACACAAAUGAUAGAAAAGAACCUAAAGAAAUUUGGGAUUUUAAUACCAUUCAUUCUAUGAAAUCUAUAAAGAACAAUUCAUCGCUUAUUUCUCCCACUUCUGACUUACAUUCAUUGAAGCAACUUAGCCCAAUCUCAAAUUCGUCACAACUGCAAAAUGCUAGUAGUACUGACCAACAAUUUACGAAAGUUCAGACAAUAACACCAUUGACAGUAAAUAGUAAAUCAUUCAAGAAGGUGAGAGUUUUGACAGCUAGAGCCCAGUAUGAGUUGGGCUCAGGAAUGGAUAUUGAUACAGAUUCUCAAAGAAAAGAGCAAAAAAACAAUUGUGAUAGGAUAGAAGACGUAACUGACUAUAAUGGCAGCAAUAAACGUGAAAAUGUGGAUUACUUCAAAAAUGUCAUAUGUUAUAGUUUGAAGAGGAUGAAUGAAAGAGCAAAUGAUGAAGACACCAAGAAUUUCGUCAAUGCUAUAUUGUACAAUUUCAAGCUGACUGAAGCUCAAGUUCCUGGAUUUAGUGAGGUCUUCAUGGAAGAAAUUUUGUUGCGAAUGGAAACCAUUCAAAACUAUUUUUCAAACAAGGUAUAA